GACAAAAAGACAAAGGGUUGCUUUCACACUGCCUGUCAGUGUUUAUUACAUUUUCGUACUCUUACAUUGAUUUUAAGCAAAAAGGAAUGGUCAUCGUAAUUGGAAAAAAGAAUCAGUAAUUCAUUUCGUAGUAUGAAUAUUUAUAUACUUGCAUACGUUUUAAGGAAUAAGGACUAUCAAACAAGGUGUCCAAGGGCUUUCUGACACGUGGUGGACCAGAGAUUUACCUGCAACACCAUCCAGCUCCAUCCAUUGCCUUCAGAUAGGAUAAGCUCAGUCUGAAACAACAGCGACCAUGGGUCUGUGUGUAUCCCUUAGAGAAAAUGAAGCUCAUUGUCAUGCUCAGUCUGAAACAACAGCGACCAUGGGUCUGUGUGUAUCCCUUAGAGAAAAUGAAGCUCAUUGUCAUGCUCAGUCUGAAACAACAGCGACCAUGGGUCUGUGUGUAUCCCUUAGAGAAAAUGAAGCUCAUUGUCAUGAGGAUGAGUGUGAUGACCUAACGAGGAUAACAAGUAUCAUGGAAAGGAUCAUGAACAAGAACCAACAGUUCCUUGUUAUGAAACCUAAUGGCUCCUUGAAGUUUCAGUACAUGAUUGGCCCUUCAGAUAAUGGCCGCUUCUUGUUCCAGAUGUACUGCAACAAUUAUGAAGGCACACCCCUGGGACACGCCAUUACACUCCAAGUUGACCUGAACAACCAGAAAUAUGUUCUGUGUUGUUCUGGAGAAGGAAUGGAGAAAAAUAUUUGUGCAAAACAACAGGAUGCUCCCCUGCCACAUAUAAUUGAGGACUCCAGACAUGAAGCUGUGUUCUUCUUACAGAAGCUCAGGCCAGCAGGGAAAUUUAAGAUAGAAUCUGCAAAGUGGCCAAACUGGUAUUUGAGCUUCAAAGGUGCCUCUGAACCCAAACUUGUUCUAAGUGAAGUCACUGAUGGUGUUGUCAAUGAAAAUAUUGAGUUUCGCAUAAGACCACCCUAGUGUAUGUGUCUGAUUCAGGUGAUGGAUGCUUGCCUCCUGCAAUCUAGCAAUAUAAAUUUGAGUAAGGUUAAAUCUCUCAGCAAUGUCACAUGUUGGCGAUAUCAAAAGUCUUUUUCAAUUUCACCCUUUAUAUUGUAUACCCUUAAGACUUUGUCCACCUGUAGACACAAUUUCUGUCUGCAGAAAUACGCUGUUAAAGUCAAGGAGUCCAGAAGGCAUUGUUUGGGAUUGAACCAGUCGGUUUCUUAGCCUUCCAGCUGAACAGGCUAUGUUGAAUGGGAAUUGAACUUUUUCCCCAUAAAGCACAGCUCCAUUUUCUGCUGUAAGCUUAAAAUCACUAUUUUCCCACACAAUUCCUCAGCCAUAAUUGCAUAAAGAUGUCUGAACACAUGAUGAAAAUUUUUACCUGUAAGUCAUUCUGAAGUGAAAACUUAAUUAAUAAGUUUUGAAAAGCCUAACUAAUCCAAAAGGGCAAUUAGAAACAUCCUAUUGUAGUAGGUAAUUGGUUGAAUUAAAAUACUAAAAUACAGUAAGGAACAGGAAUUAUUAGUCAUAAAUAUUCCUUAUUCAAUUUUAAACCCCUACUAGCCUGGGCUACCUUACAACUGUCUGUUCCAAUUCCCAUGCAGUUCUCUGGCUAGUGGUUUAGAUUGCAGGUUUAAACAUGUGCAGGUUUGGUUGUAACUAUCCCAUCAUGUCAAAAGUUGGCACAUUUCUCCAAUGUGAAAACCGCUCAUUCAAGUGCCUUCAAGGGAAAACAGGGAAUCAUUGAUUGAUUAAAAAUGAAGGCAUCACUGCCAAUAUGAAUACA